GACAACUCUGAUCCAUCAAAGGACAAAUCUGAUCCUGUUGGCAGUGAUGACAAUCCAGCCCCAACAGAUGUUGAACCGAUCGGUGGAGACGGUAAAGGCGAUGGUAAAGGCGACGGUAAAGACGACGGUAAAGGCGAGGGUACAUCCCCUGACGGCGACGGUGACGAUUCGGAUCACCCCCAUCCCAAGCCCAAGAAAGGCGGCAAGCAUUGUAAGCACGGUCAUAAGCAUUGUAAGCACGGUCAUAAGCACGGAAAGAAACCACCAAAGAUGGAAAAGAAGCCAAAACCAUCUGACAAUGGCGACGAUUCGAACCCUCCAACGGACGACAAAACUGAUGAUAAAACUGGUGAUAAGCCACCAAAGCCUGAAGGUACGACCGAUUCUGGUGACAAGUAG